AUGUCUUUCAUCAAGGCUUCUUCGGCUUUGGCUCUCAGCCUUUACGCCCUCCGUACAUCUGCCGGCGCUGCUCCUGCUACCUACCCGACUUGCGAGUCUUACGGUGUCGAUUUCCAGACAGGUGGCACAUACUUCCAGAAUGCAUCAUCGACCGAUGACUUCACCUUUGUGUCGAUGUUCGAACAAUGUCAAAACGACACCGCAACCAACAUCCUUGUUGAUCCCAAUGGCGAUGAAUACCAGUGCUCAGACACCCCUCUCCAGCCUGAUGACACCAACCAGCUGUCGACCUGCCCCAUGGCCAAGGACGACAUGUGGUCUGGCGCGUGGAGUGUCAUCGUUUUGUCCAACAAUGGCCAAGCCGACCCCAUUGCAUACGAGCGAGAUUUUGAACUUGUCGUUGGCACGCCUGUCACGGUCACCUACACCCCAACUAUCACGGCUUCUAUCACGACUACGCCAUUAACUACCACUACCAUUAUUACCACUACCACCAGCAGUGUCACGACUACUUCGACCGUGACCCAGCCGGCGAAGACACGCAAGCCUACAACUACUAUUACGCCAUCUCCAAUUACUUCCACAAAGAUCUGGACACUCGGAACGAUCAAAACGACUGCCUUCGCCAUCAGCCCCGUUAUUCGAACCUCGACGAUUACACAGAGUUGCUCGUUCUCCACCCAGGCCUUCAGGGAUCCAUUCCUUACCUGGACUCCAACUCUCCUCCCAAGCUCGCUCGCCUCGUCUUUCUCCGCAGCCAGCGCAACCGCCACUACGACUGCUCCUCCAUCCCGCCGCGACUCGCCAAUGGGCCGCCGUGUCCCAGCCGACCGCGCCGCUCGCAUUGCUGCCCGCAAGGAGCGUCUGGCAGCUGCUGGCCUCGACCGCCGUGGCUUGGACGUCGCUACCACCACGGUGACCGACUUGAACACCGCCGACUACACGACGAUUACUUCCACGAUCACUGCUGCGACAUCGACCGUUUCCCUCACGUCAGUCAUCACGCAAAUCACCACCUUGACCAGCGUGACUACGGUCCUUCAGGGCACCACCACGCUCCCAGUUGUCUCGAUUACUCUUCCAACCCCCACCAAGACGGCCCUUCGCAUGACCGUCAUCACCAGCAUUGUGGCUACGGUCACCAAGAGCCCAACCUACACCGUCUGGCAACACACCGCCGCUUCCACCGCCACGGACAUUUGCACCAUCAAGGGUGGCCGCAUGGUCGGUUAA